AUGCAGACUGCUUCUACAAACAUUUGUGAAAGAAUGGGUCGCUCUCAGGAGCUCAGUGAAUUCAAGCGUUGUACCGUGAUAGGUUGCCACCUGUGCAAUAAGUCUAUCCGUGAAAUUUCCUUGUUACUAAAUAUUCCAAAGUCAUCUGUUAGUGGUAUUAUACCAAAGUGGAAGCAACUGGGAACAACAGCAACUCAGCCACGAAGUGAGCAGUGUCAGCGCAUGCUGAAGUGCGCAUAAGUUGCCAACUGUCUGCAGAGUCAAUAGCUAAAGACCUCCAAAAUUCAUGUGGCCUU